AGACAUUCUCUGUUUCCUACUUUGGUCAUUGCGUCAUUUCUCAGCGACACUAUCUGACAAGCAUGGCUGGAACUGAAGUGGAGAAGAAACCCACAUUGGAAAUGGUCCAGGCGGAUGGGGCUGAUGAGGGUUGUGUGACGUUUGUUCUGCAUGAAGAGGACCACACACUGGGCAACUCCCUCAGAUACAUGAUCAUGAAGAAUCCGGAAGUGGACUUCUGUGGCUACAGCAUCACCCACCCAUCGGAGAGCAAGAUCAACUUCCGCAUCCAGACACGAGGGGGUCUGCCGGCUACAGAGGGUUUGCGCAAGGGCCUGAACGAGCUCUCAGAUGUCUGUCAGCAUGUCCUCAGCACCUUUCAGGCGCGAGUGCAGGAGUUCAAGGAUCAGCAGGAUGAGCCGAUGGACUGAAAGAACAACUCAUCUUUGUGUUACCAGAGUGCCACAAGUCAUGUGACCGGUUAAGCGGUGUUGGUCUGCGAGGGAUGUGUUUGUGGAUCAAACAGUUUUCAGACGGUCAGAAGUGUCAAGGAAGCCUCAGCGACUUGCAUUUGAUUGUGGCCUCCUUUCCUGUGUUUUGUACAGAUUUCUCUUCCUGUUGUUGUACAGUUUGAAUCACACCUUCGUUAUGUAAAAUAUUUUUUUUAUUAAACAAUUCCUCAUGUGUUGAAAAGA